AGAGGAGGCGGGCUGCAGCUCCGGCUCCUGAGGGAACCUCAGCUCCGGCUUUUUGGGGCUCUCACGCGCGCGAAAACAUGAGUGAAUCCGGGGGACAGCGUGCCCGGCUCCGGCGCUAUCCUGAGCUCCCGGUGUGGGUGGUGGAGGAUCAUCAGGAGGUUCUGCCCUAUAUAUAUCGGGCCAUUGGCUCAAAACAUCUUCCUGCAAGUAAUAUAAGUUUUGUGCAUUUUGAUUCACAUCCAGACCUCCUUAUUCCUGUGGAUAUGCCAGCUGACACUGUAUUUGAUAAGGAAACACUUUUCGGAGAAUUAAGUAUUGAGAAUUGGAUUAUGCCUGCAGUUUAUGCUGGCCAUUUUUCUCAUGUAGUAUGGCUUCAUCCCACAUGGGCUCAGCAAAUCAGAGAGGGCAGGCAUCAUUUUUUAGUAGGCAAAGACACUUCUACCACAACAAUCAGGGUUACAAGUACAGAUCAUUACUUCCUAAGUGAUGGCCUUUAUGUAACUGAAGACCUGCUGGAGAACCCAAAACCUUUACAAUUGGAUGUAAUUAUGGUAAAACCUUAUAAACUCUGUCACAGUCAAGGAGAAAAUGAUGUAGUGUCUUCUGCUAAGAAGCCAAAGCUAGCCCUGGAGGACUCAGAGAACACUGCCUCUACUAAUGGUGACUCUUGUUCAGAAGGACUGGAAAAGGACACAGUGACACAGAGAAGGGACCACACUUGUCUACAACCAUCAUGUUCGUGUUCUUCUGAAAGCCAAGAAUGCCAGACUGCAGUUAGCACUGGAGAGAUUCUGGAAAUUUUGGAGAAAAGGGAUGCAUUUGUUUUAGAUAUUGACUUAGAUUUUUUUUCAGUCAAGAAUCCCUUCAAAGAAAUGUUCACUCAGGAGGAGUACAAAAUCUUACAAGAACUGUACCAAUUUAAAAAGCCUGGAAGCAACCUGACAGAGGAAGAUUUGGUAGAUUGUGUUGAUAAUCGAAUUCAUCAAUUAGAAGAUUUAGAAGCUGCUUUUGCUGAUUUGUGUGAUGGCGAUGAUGAAGAAACUGUACAGAAAUGGGCUUCAAACCCUGGAAUGGAAUUACUAGUUCCACUGGUACAGAGUUUGAAAAAACGGAUGGAAGCACCGGACUAUGAAAUGGUUCACCAGGCUGGUCUAACCUGUGAUUAUUCAGAACUCCCUCACCAUAUCAGCACAGAACAAGAAAUUGAACAUCUUAUUCAGUCUUUGCAUAAUGUUCUAAAAAAUUUACCAAAACCUACUCUAGUGACAAUUGCAAGGUCAAGUCUGGAUGAUUACUGUCCUUCUGAGCAAGUUGAAACCAUUCAAGAAAAAGUCCUCAGUGUACUACGCUCCCUCUAUGGGACUCUAGACAUUCACCUGGUGUAUUCAGCAGAGUCCACUGCAUCUUGAAGCAUCACAGCACUAGGCUUCUGUUACAGCUUGAUGUAGUAACAGGGUUUUCAUUAACUUAUUUUCAAAUGAGUCUUCCAGAGAAUACCUUAAUAUUAUUGAAUAACUUUCCAUUUAAAAUUUUUCAGGUAUUUUGAAUCUCCAAACAGAUAUCACCAGUUGUUGAAUGAUGGCAAAUUUUUUUGGCAUCAAGCUUACCCCUAAGUGACGGAUCUGAUGCUCAUCUUUCUUUUUAUCCGUCACUGUCAUCUUCACUUUUGUGAUGGGUUUUUCCGCUUUUCCCCUCUUCUUAGGUCGGUUGGACUAUAUGAGAUUCACUCAUUCAUUUAUUCAUUCAUUCAGCCAACUGACAUUUUUUUAACUCAUACAUGUGCUGGUCAUAAUUUAGUGCUGAUUAUAUGGUUACAAACAGAAUAGACAAGGCCCCUGCCCUCCUGGUAGACAGCUAAGAAGUGUAUUAAGGAUUGUGAGACAUGUUAUAAAGGAAAGGAGAACCACAAACAUGUUUAAGUGUACUAUUAGUACUCAGGGCAUCCUGGCCUUACAGGAAAGUAACAUUCUCAAAAGCUACUACCAAAAAAAGUAAAUAAAUAAAUUAGCCAGUCCAUGAAUAUUUCCAGGAUUUAGGAUUCUGGCCCAGCUCUUACGGAAUGCUUUCAACAUUGUUGGUGUUAAGGAGGUCUAUUUGAGUAAAUUCAAUCAAACAAAAAGCAACUUUUCUUUGCUAAUCAAUAAAAUCCCCCAGAGUUUUUAUUCCUCCAGAUGGUGAGUAUGGGAGUCAAAUAACCUUAUAGUUCCUAAGUGCCACUUUAUUGGCAGUCUUGGUUGAUAGUUUUUUCAAAUAAACUAGCUUUUUAUGUAAAUAGUAGGGAAAAACUUAAGUCCUUGAUUCUGAUUUCGUAAAUACCCAAGAAUGUAACUGCCUUCCACCACUCUCUCUAUGAGUAAGAGACCCUACCUAAGCUACUCUUGAUCAUGAAACUUUUCAUUUACAUUAUUUGCCAAAGUCUUCCUCUCUUCAGUAUUCCUCAUGUUCAGUAAUCAUUUUUUAACUGCCUACUUGGUUUCCUUUAAAAAGUAGGAUGUUACUUACAGAAAAAAAACCACCCAGCCCUCACUUUUAGCACAGCAGUCGUUUUCAUUUUCGCACAUAUCUUUCAGGACUUGCACAGGUGUUUCUGUUGAGUUGCAUGUAGUUGAAAUUACAGUGUUUCCUAACUUAAUACCCAAGGUCAUGUUGCCAUUGCCACUCAGUAGAUGGCACCAGAUCCCCUUUUUCCAAUGAUUGUAUUUUACAGCAAACCUUUCUUGUCCCUAAGUUGAUUUCCCAAGACUGAUAAGUAUACAUGCUUAUUUCUGUUGUGAAAAGCAAAGCAAAGUGAUUUAGCCUUCCAUUUUGAUAGAAUAUUGUAUGCCAGAAAGUGUAAUUUCCCUGUAAAAUCAGAAUUGCAAAAAGUGCUAUUUAUUUUUCAGUGUUGAAAAAAUUUAUUACAGUUCUGUAAGUGAGGUUGCUUUUAUAAGUAAAUUAUUUUGCCUGAUAAAAUAAAUUAAAAAGUGUGUUAAGGUUUUAAAGAUUUAAAACCAAACUAUAGAACUAAUUAAUCGUAUUUGAUCUUGGGGUGUUCCUAGCAUUGAUCUUGUAAGUUUGGUUUAAUAGUCAUUUAUUAUAGGUCCCAUGAACUCAGAUGAUGUUCAUCAUUGUUUUUAACUCAGGUAGAAUGAAAGGGCAUCAGUUUCCUUUUUAAGAAUAUUCACAUUGUUCUCAUGCUCUGUAAUUCUCUUUGAAGAAUAAAAUUCAGUUCCUACUUGUUAAGUGGAACCAAGUUAGUAAAUUAUGUCUCUGCACAUUUCAAACAGGAAGGUACUUAGUUUAUCAAGACAUCCAUCAUUUCUUUUCUAUUCUAAGUACCAAUGAGGAAUACCACAGUACAGUGCUUUGAAUUAUGUACAAAUAUCACUCAGGCAUGGGAUUUUGAGCAACUUUUUGAAAAAUGUGACUUAAAUGUUAGAUUAGGCCGUAACUUUGGUAACUGACAAGUAUAUAUUUCCCAGUAUCUAGGGGGAAAUUUUUUUAAUCUAGAAAUUUUUUUGUAGACGUCUUAUCAUUGUCUUCUAGGUUCCCAGGAAACUCUUAGUCAAAGGCCUUCACUCUUUAUAUGAUGUCCCCUCCAAAUCUUCAUUUUAGUAAUAGUGGCCCCAGAUUGCUGACAGUAUAUGCAUCACACUGCAAAUAGUUUAUAGUAUAUUUCUUAGUAUAAGAUUUCUCAUUUACCACACUUAAUAGAAACCACUUUCAUAAAACUUACGAAAUUUUUGUUAGACAUCUUUCAGAAAUGCUCAAGAUACCUGAGGAUCAUGUGUGAAAAUACUCACUAUGGGACUGUUCUGUACCACCUGGUCAUCCUGCAUUGCAGCAUUCUCUUAAAAUGCUUGUUUGUGAACUAACUGGUCCUGGACCACCUCUGGUUUUGUAGAUCUAGCUGCCCUCAUGGAAUUCCAAACAUCAGAGCCUUCUUUUCCUUUAUUCUCAUUUGAGUUCAACAAAUGAAGUUAAGAGUGACUACAAAGGUUUCUGUGGAGAAGAGUUCUCUGAACAGUGAACACUCUGGGCACUCACUGGAAGGGUGUAGCUUAUCAUUACAGAGUAGUAAGCUGGCAUUCUGUAUAUUAGUAUCUUGUGAGUUCAGUUCCUGUGAUUCAGAAGCAAGAGUGCAUUUCAAAGGCUGAGGCUGUACAGUUUCACUUCCGUCAAAGACCUUCCUUUUUGACUAGGCAGCCAGCCUCCAGCUCCAGCAUUCCUACCAUGUCUGUAACUUUAGACAGCCUUCACCAGCAAGCACAUCUCUGAAGCUGCCUGAUAGGCAUCAGCACUGUUUAGAAGCCUUACCACCCUAGUUGAUGUGAAUCAUGCCAAGGUUAAGACAAGAGGUGUCACGACUGAAACAGAGCAUCGUGGUAGGAGUGUGAGCUUCCGAGGGGGUGUCUGCCCGGCUCCAGUGCCCCCUUCUUCCAGCUGUGGGACCUCAGCCUCAGCUUCCCCUUUACAGUGAUAGUGUGAGAAAUAACAUAUAUAAAGCCCUUAGCACAAAAGCCAUUCAGCAAACAUUGGCUUUCAUUUGCAAAUCCAGUCCUACUUAUAAUAUUCUGUGAGGGCUAUUCCAAGUCUUAACUGCUCUUCUCAUGCCUCCUAAACCCUGGUCUUUUUAAACCCCAUGUUAGCUUCCACUGUAUUCCUGUGAAUAGUGGAAUUUCACUUUCUUUAUUCAAAGAAGGCAGGUCCUUGCCCAUAAGGGAAAAAGUAACAGAGGGCUUUAAGCAGAGAUACUUAAAACUCUUGUCUUGAAUUGGUGCAAGCAUCCAUUUAUUCACAGUUGUAAAACUUGUGCAGUUAAGAGGGUCUGGGAUAUAAAAGCCUGCUGCAGUCUCCCUCUACCCUACCCCUCCUGCUGCUGGUAGAUAAAGCUAGAAUCUGUGGGGCAAAAACUGUGAUGGAGACAAUGUUUGGAAGUUGCUAACCCCCAGCCACUUAUAAGUUACCUUCAUAGAGCCACUUUUGACAUUGCUUAUUUAUUUAUAGGUGACGUCCAGCAACAAAGCCCCUCAUGAACCAACCAGGGCAUGACAGGGAGGUGGGAGUAGAGCAUCUCCAAGCAGUUCACUGUCGUUUCUAAACCAGCCACAAGCAUUCCCUUCCUCUGGGCCUCAACAUUUCGACAGAGCAGCCUCCACUUGUGGAAGGUUAAGGGAAGUGGCAUCAUUAGAGAAAGGGGUAACACCUCUUAUCAGCUUGUAAGCAUGCUGUCUUUGAGAGCAAAUCGAACAAAUACAGGUAUUAAUAUAGGAACAAACAUUUUCCAAGGAUUAGGUGUGUUAAACACCUGAGCCCAAAAGAACUACAAGAUAAUACCUGUAGUCUAUAAUGAUUGUGUCCAUAGAAUAACUUAGUUAUAAACAAAGGAAAGGCAGUCGUGUCAGUUUUCCAGCUUCUUUUGUGAUCUGUUCUCUUAUAGAUAAACCUGAUAAACCAAGUUCCACAAUGCUGGUGUCAACAUGACAUAAAAAUCCAUUUAGUUCAUUACAGGCCAAUAGAGCAUAGAUGAGCAUAGAUGCAAAAAUUCUCAACAAGAUUCUAGCAAACAGAAUUGAACAACACAUUAAAAAGCUCAUACACCAUCUCAUACACCAUAUUCAAGUCAGGUUUAUUCCAGGGAUGCAAGGAAUCUUCAAUAUACAUAAAUCAAUCAGCCUGAUACACUAUAUUAAUAAAUUGAAAGAUAAAAACCAUAUGAUCAUUUCAAUAGAUGCAGAAAAAGCCUUCAACAAAGUUCGACAUCCAUUUAUGAUAAAAAUACUUCAAAAUGGGCAUAGAAAGAACCUACCUCAACUAGUAAAGGCCAUAUAUGAAAAGCCCACAGCAAACAUUAUUCUCAAUGGUGAAAAACUGAAAGCAUUCCCUCUAAAAUCAGGAACAAGACAAGAGUGUCUGCUCUUACCACUAUUACUCAACAUAGUUUUGGAAGUCCUAACUACAGCCAUUAGAGAAGAAAAAGAAAUAAAAGGAAUCCAGAUUGGAAAAGAAGUAAAACUCUCACUGUUUACAGGUGACAUGAUACUAUACAUAGAAAACCCAAAAGAAACUAACAGAAAAUUACUAGAACUAAUCAGUGAAUUCAGCAGUCACGGGAUACAAGGCCAAUACACAGAAAUCACUUGGUUUCCUAUAUAGUAACAAUGAAAAAUCAGAAAAAUUAAGGAAUCAAUCCCAUUCGCCAUUGCAACAGAAAGAAUAAAAUAUCUGGAAUGAGCCUACCUAAGGAGACAAAAGACCUGUAUACAGAAAAUUAUAAGACACUGAUUAUAAGAAAUCAAAGAUGACAUAAACAGAUGGAGAGAUAUUCCAUGUUCCUGGGUAGGAAGAAUCAAUAAUGUGAAAAUGACUAUAUUAUCAGAUUCAAUGUGAUCCUUAUCAAAUUAACAAUAGCAUUUUUCACAGAACUAGAACAAAAAAUUUCAUAAUUCAUACGGAAACAAAAGAUCCUGAAUAGCCAAAGCAUUCUUUGAAAAAGAAGAAUGGAGCUGAAGGAAUCAACCUUCCUGACUUCAGACUACACUACAAAGCUAUAGUCAUCAAGACAGUAUGGUACUGACACAAAAACAGAAAUAUAGACGGGUGGAACAAGAUAGAGAACCCAGAGAUGAACCCAUGCACCUAUGGAUACCUUAUUUUUGACAAAGGAAGCAAGAAUAUACAAUGGGGCAAAGAUGGCCUCUUCAAUAAGUGGUGCUGGGGAAACUGGACAACUACAUGCAAAAGAGUGAAAUUAGAACACUACCUAAUGUCAUACACAAAGAUUAACUCAAAAUGGAUUAAAGACCUAACUGUAAGACCAGAAGCUAAGAAAACAUAGGCAGAGCACUUGACAUAAAGCAAGAUCUGUUAUGACCCACCUUCUAGAGUAAUGGAAAUAAAAAUAAACAAGUGGGACCUAACUAAACUUAAAAGCUUUUGCACAGCAAAGGGAACUACAAACCAAACAAGGAGAAAAGACAACUCUCAGAAUGGGAGAAAAUAGCAAAGGAAAAAACUGACAAAGAAUUACUUUCCAAAAUAUACAAGCAGCUCAUACAACUCAAUACCAAAAAAACAAACAACCCAAUCAAAAAGUGGGAAAGGGACCUGAAGAUACAUUUCUUCAAAGAAGACACACAGAUGGCUAACAAGCACAUGAAAAGAUGCUCAACAUCACUCAUUAUUAGAGAAAUGUGAAUCAAAAUUACAAUGAGAUACCACCUCAUACCAGUCAGAAUGGUCAUCAUCAAAAAGCCUACAAACAAAAAAUGCUGGAAAGGGUGUGGAGAAAAGGGAACCUUCUUGCAUUGCUGGUGGGAAUGUAAACUGAUACAGCCACAAUGGAAGAUGGUAUGGAGAUUCCUUAAAAAGCUAGGAAUAAAACCAUCAUGUGAAAAAAAAAAAAAGGCAUCAUGUGACCCAGCAAUACCACUCCUAGGCAUAUACCCUGAGGAAACCAAAAUUGAAGAAGACACAUGUACCCCAGUCUUCAUUGCAGCACUAUUUACAAUAGCUAGAACAUGGAAGCAACCUAGAUGUCCAUCGACAGAUGAAUGGGUAAAGAAGCUGUGGUACAUAUAUACAAUGGAAUACUACUCAACCAUAAAAGGGAACACAUUUGAGUCAGUUCUAAUGAGGUGGAUGAACCUAGAGCCUAUUACACAGUGAAGUAAGUCAGAAAAAGAAAUACAAGUAUCAUAUCCUGAUGCAUAUAUAUGGAAUCUAAAAAGAUGGCACUGAUGAAUUUAUUUUGAGAUCAGCAAUGGAGAAACAACAGAUCUGUGGACAUAGGGGGAGGGGAGGAAGGAGAAGAACAGAUGUAUAGAGAGAGUAGCAUGGAAAUUUACAAUACCAUAUGUGAAAUAGAUAGCCAGUGGGGAUUUUCUGUAUGACUCGGGGAACUCAAACAGGGGCUCUGGGACAGGCUGAAGGGUGGAAUGGGGAGGGAGAUGGGAGGGAGAGGACAUGGUGUGCCUAUGCCUGAUGCUUGUUGGUGUGUGACAGAAAACCACAAAAUUUCUGUAAAGCAAUUAUCCUUCAAUUAAAAAUUGUUUUUAAAAAUC